UUCUAGUCCCUCGUUUUCAAUGUAAUCAACGAUUAAGAAUAAAUGUUUGAUUUGUGCCUCAGUUACCAGACUCGACGUUUGCAAGAAGAUGAAGGGAGAGUCGAGAAAGGUGCGAGGACGGAGCACCGUGCCGCACGACGACAGCGUCAGCGAAGAUCAGUCUAACCAGUCCCAAAGGUACGACGACAAUGAGGAAGAGGGAUUCCGAGAAUUACCUCCCGAGGAGCAACGAUGUGUCAACGCUAAGUUAUUUCUAAUGCGAGAGGGGAGCGAAGUUGAUGGCCAGAACUUGUACAACCACUUGAGCACACUUCUAACUAAGAUCCUCGUAGAAAAGUCCGAUGAUGCCCUGAACAAAUUAGAAGAUGAAAGUAAAGAUUUCAAGCGCGAAAAGUUUACUUAUAAAGAACCAUUCAUCAAAGACAACCCAGGAAGAACGCCAUCCGAGGUUCUAGCUCAUGCGCAAUGGCAAAUGAUGAAGACCGCUUGCGGUGACCCAAAAUUUAUACCCAACGAAAGUUUUGAUUUACCUGACGAGGAUGAGGAGGACAUUUAUAGACUGAUACCAAACCUGAUGAAGCAGGCCCUCUUCUUUGAACAGGCCGGAGUCGGGCUGCCGAGGGAGGAAUUUAUUCGGAUUACUACCGCCAUGCGAGAACUGGUGGAAAAAUGGCCGAUUGAAACUCUGAGGUUCUGGGGGAAAAUUUUAGGUACCCGGAAAAACUAUUAUGUGGUGGAGGCGGAAUUUAAAGAUGGCGAGUAUGAGAGCGAUCUGAGUGAUGACGAGGGCGACGAAGAUAAGUCAUCGAACGACAAGAUUGAGGAUAGCAUGAUUUUUGAUGAUGAAUCGACGACAGUCACAGAUGAAAUUAAACCGUUUUAUAAACCACCUCCCAGAAUUCCUUGCGAAAGUAUGGGAACCGGACUGAACAAGCAUGUGUACUUUGUCUGCAAUGAACCUGGAUUACCCUGGAUAAGACUUCCACAUAUAAAUCCUGCGCAGAUCGUCGCGGCCCGCAAGAUCAGGCGGUUCUUUACUGGGGACCUUGGUGAACACAUUGUGAGUCAUCCUCCAUUUCCCGGUCUGGAAAAGAACGUAUUGCGUGCGCAAAUUGCACGUAUUAGCGCAGCCACAACGGUAUCACCAAUAGGCUAUUUCCGGUUUGACGACAAUGAAGAAGAGGAAGAUGCAGAAGAAUCAGGAUCAAACGGUAGGAACACUUGUAUCAUAGACCAGGAAUUUGAGGGAAUGCCCCUGCGUGACCUCUGUGACCCUACAGGACAGACCUGGUGCCACCACAUGCAGUCCGUCUUACCACAGGGUAGAAACACGUGGUUUAACCCAAUGGAAGGAAAGUCCGGUGAAGGUGGUGAGGAGGAUUCUGAUGAGGAGGAACGAAAUGAACCGGAUGAACCAGAGCCGGAAGUUGGACCGCCAUUGCUAACACCUGUCUCGGAAGACCAACCUGUACAUGAUUCGCCUGCCUGGAUUCCGCGUAUUUCCUCGCGACUAGUGCCGGAGUUUGCUGUAGCAAUGCUUCAGUCCAACACAUGGCCAGGUUCGUGGACGUUUGGGGCCGAGAGAGGGAGAUACUUUACAUCGUUAUACAUUGGCUGGGGGCAAAAGAAUCUAGGUGGAGCUUUCGAACCUGAAAUCCCACCGGAUGUUAUGGAAGAAUUCCCUAGUGGACCGGAAAUCACCGAGGCUGAUGACCCUUCACCGGAAGAGGAAUCGGCAUUUAAAGCUGCGCUUGCUGAUAAGGAAUUUGAUGCCGAGUUUGGCGAGGAUCAAGCGGAAGAAGAAACCUCGGACGUCGACGAUUAAUACAGAUACAUUAUAAAGUGACUGA